AUGGCGCCCAAGAAGCGCCCGCCGGCAGUGCGGCCGCUGCCUGAGCGCGUGCAGUAUCUGCAGCGCGAGUACGUGCUGCUGUCGGAGCUGCUGGGCGCCUGCGAGCAGCGCGUGGACCGGGUGCUGCAGGAAAACGCCUUCCUGGACCGCGAGGCGCUGCGCCUACGCGAGGAAAACCGUCUCUACGCCAGUUUUGUGAGCAUGCGCGCGCAGCGCUGCGCCAACGCCAUCGUGGGGCUGGACGAGCAGAACCGUGUGGACCUCACGCAGAUGCAGUUGCAGCGGGCGGAGCUCGAGCAGCUCUACCACGGCCGCGAGGACUGCGUGCGCGCGCAGCUGCAGGAGACGGAGGCGCGCGCGGCGCUCCUGGCACAGCAGGUGCAGGAGCUGCAGCCCUACAAGGAGCUGCAGCUGGAGCAGCUGGCCCGGAUCCGGGCGCUGGAGCGCGAGCUGCUGCACAAGCGCGUGGAGCACACGCAGCUGCUGCACCGCGUGAAGCGGCGCUUCCAGGACGACCGGCUGGCCUUUGAGCGUGAGGCGCGCCAGCGUGUGCAGUCCCUGGGGCGGCGCGCCGAGCGGGAGGCGACGCGUGCGCUGCUAGCGCACACGCAGGCCAUCCGGGUGGAUAAUCGGCGCCUGCGGCUGGAGCUGCUGCGGCUGCUUAGCCGGGCCCAGGUGCUGCACGACAUGCGGCGCCAGCUGCUGCAACAGCGCCAGCAGCUGCGGCAGGAGCACGAGGACGUGCGGCACCUGGCGCGGGUGCAUGACUGGCUGCGCCGGGAGCCCGGGGGCCCGCCACUGUGGCAGCGGCCACCCUUCACCCUCCGCCCCAGCGUAUUGGACAAGCAUCCGACGCCCGUGGUAUCCACCUCCUCAACUCUUUCCACCUCCCGGCGGAUCCCGGUUUCCGCCCCAUCCCACACCCGGACUGAACUGCCCCCUUGCUUGUCCCAGUCGUCCAUGCAGAAGGCCUCCAGGGCGGGCUCAAGGGCCCUGUCACUGUUCUCGUCCAAGGCAGACUCACAGGGCCUGUCCUUGACCCAAUCCCAUCCCGAAUCCCACAUCAUGUCUCUGCCUGGGUCCCAGCCCAGCUCCCGGGCCCUGUCCUUGGCCAGCAGCUCCCAGGGCACCUCCCCCCCGCGCCCCCACCUGAGUUCCCAGGUCUCCCUGAGGCCUUCUCACAAUACUCUCCCCUCUGCCAAAGCCGAAGGGACCCUUGUCAAGGAAGGCAGCAAGCAAUACUGA